AUGAAGUACCUCAACAUCCUCGCUCCGGCACUCGGCCUCAUGGCCGGCGUCUCUGCCAUCCCCCUCGAAGAGCGUCAAGCCGUGCAAACCGUCCAUCUGACCUUCCAUGCCGGCCCGGCCGAGUACUCCCUCGCCCUCCCAGCUGACGGUAGCGUCCACCAGACCAACCAUCCCGACCUCGCGAUCAACAUCAUCGACGCGCCCGACUACAACGCGUACCCGCAAUGCCACUUCACCACCGCCUCGGGGGCCGUCGUCACGCUGGCCAGCAGCAUCUCGCCCGAAGGCAACGGGCAGAUCCUGGUCGGCCCGCCCACGCCCAUUGUCAGCGUGAGCUGCGAGGGCAUGUGCGUGCCCACGUACGGCGACUGCUAUGGUCACGAUGGUCAGUGGAUAGGGCCGUGCUGCAAUGGGUAUUGCGCUGCGGAUAAGUGCCGGCCGUGGAAAUCGCCUUACUAA